AUGGAAGCGCGGUCGGCGCUGGUGGUGGCCGUCACGCCGCGGCAGCCCUCGGUGUUUGCGGGCGAGGAGCUGGAGUGUGUGAUUACCUUUACGAAUACGAAUACGCUGAGGAGUGUGGACGAAGGGCGCGCGAAUCCCGCCAAGGCGUACGCGCAGCGGCGCGUCGUCUCGCAUGCAUUUUCGAGCACGAGCCAGGCCAAGGUCGACGAGGUGGCCGGGCGCCUGGGCAAGGUGGGGUUUGCAACAGACACCGCGCAUGGCACGACACUUGGACGUGGCGUGCCACCCCGGCGGCACCGCAAGUUUGCGUCACGGUCCGAGCAGUGGCCCGACCGCAAAAGCCGGCUGCCUGCAUCGCAUCCCCACGCGCGUCAAAAGUCGGUCGUGGAGCACCAGGUCGAGGACCUGAGCCGCGCGUUUCAGCUGCAGGAAAAGGAGGAGGAGGAUGAAGAGGAAGCGCCGCCACCGGUGCCCGAGUCGCCGAUGCCGGACACCUACGGCGUCGGACAGACGGCCGGCGUCGACUCGGCCCUGCGCGACUCGCUCACGUCCUGGUCGCGCGAGCAGGCCGAUGUGCUGCCGCCCGCGCGCAAAUUGCACCCCAGCCCCUUGUUCCCGGACCCCUAUGCACUGCCAGACGGCCACGAGAAGCUCAUCUGGGCCUUUGCGCAGUUUGGCGGGACCAUGGAGCUCGACCGCGCACUGGUGCGCCCGGCUGACUUUGACCAGCUGCGCCUGCGCCUCUCGCGGGGCGAGCUUGCUCCGAGCACGCCGCAGACGCCAGCGACACCAGGCGACACGCCGCGGCUCGUCGGCGGCGGCGAGCUGGGGUACGAUACCGAGGUCGAGGCCGGCUCGCUCGAGUUCGAGACGGGCUACUCGGACACGGACCUCAAGGCGGAGCACACGCCGUCGGUUGCCGCGCUCACCGCGCUCCUCUUUCGGUAUGCGCGGUCGCCCACGCCGCAGAGUGGCGCUAGUCGCGCGCCGCAUACGCCGCGGCACAUGCGCAGCGGCUCGACGCUGUCUGAUAUGCGUGCGCGUGCGCUCUUUUCGCGGACACUGCCGACAUACUCGACGCCGCCAACGAUCCUCGGCAUCGACAUGGUCCUCGCGCCUGGCGAGUCGCGGUCGUUCACCUUUCGCCUGCGCAUUCCGCCCGACCUUCCGCCGUCGUUCCACGGGCACGCGGCGCACUUUGACUACUACAUGACUGUCGGCACGAACCGCAUCGAUGGUGCUCUGCCCGGGACGCAGCAGUCGCGCCUCUUGCAUGUCCCGAUCCGUGUCUAUAACCACGUCGGCCCGUCUGGCGCCGCGGCGUGUUUCGACCUGCUGAAUCCGAUCGUCUCGCUGCAGCCCGAAGCCGAGGUCGCGUACGCGGAUGCAGAUGACCUGAGCGAGCGCGAAAAGACGGCCGCAUUUGUGCGGCAGGUGCUCGAUGGCGACGCGGCAUCGGCGACGGCGCUACGCGGUGAUACUAUGGAGCACAGGUGCAUGGACACGGUCAAUGACCUCGCGCGCACCGCCGGAAAGGUUUCGUACGAUAUCGCCAAGGACGGGCAUGUGGCCGCAGUGCUGACCCUCGCUCGUGCACGCUACCGCCUCGGAGAUGCCGUGCAGGCGCUGGUGCGCAUGAACCUGCCCGGGGCACGCGUGCGCAUCGUGCGCCUCGCCGCUUCGCUCGAGUCGCACGAGGAGAUCGAUGCGAGUCUCGCGCUGCUUCCCGGCCAGCGCACGCAAAAGCAGACGCGCCAGGUCUAUGCGACCCACCACGAGUCGACGCUCGAUACGCGCCAAACGAGCAUUGUGCUCACGAUUCCCUCUGGCGCGACGCCGGAAUUUGCGACGAGCGGCGUGAAGCUCAAGUGGACGCUGCGUGUGUCGCUCUUGACGCAGACCAGCGCGCUGCAGAGUGAUCAGGGCUCGGUCGGCAUCGCGCCGGUGCCGCACUGGGCGCCCGAGAGCGACGCGUACGCCGCCUUUCACACGGCGUUCCAGCGCACGCCGGCGCUUGCGGGGGUCGUGCAGGACGACGAGAAGCGCGUCGCGACCAAGCUCGAGAUUGUCGAGUGCUCGGUGCCGAUUGGCGUCUUGCCGAAUAGCUCCAAGAGCCGGACGGUGCCGAUCGAGUUGUACGCAUAG